CCUCCACAGUCCACACGCAGAGUUCUCGCCGUCGGCGCCCGGCCGCGCCCCUACCCUAGCUCGCCCAACCCGAGGUCCCGUGCUCAGCUUGCAUGACCUGACCGCCGUCCCGUAGAUUGCCGGCCGCCACUGGUCUGGUCUUAGUCGUUCUCCUUUGUGCGUGCCCUAACUCGACCUGCAGCGGAUCGCCGUGCCCUAGCUCAUGCUGCUCCUGUUCAAGGCUGCAAGGGCCGGCUUUUCUCUCUUCAGUGUAAUCACAGUCUCUUCAUCUCAUCCAUAGAUAUUUUAGCAGGGACAGAGUGAGUAGUUGCUUAUUUCAUAGAUUGUCCGACGGCAAUUCUCGAUGGCUUCUCUGCUAUUCAGAGGGAUCCUCAUCCACCCUCCAUUGCUAAACAGUAGCAAUGCUCUGUUUAGUCGAAAAGCUUGUGCCUAUUAUUGCAGAAUGAGGACCAUCACUCGAGCCCAGGUAGCCACUCAAGUAAACCAACCCCCCCAACUCAAGUAUCCACCAAAUGCCAGGAACAAUGGCCUCGAAAUCCUCCUGAAAGAUUAUGAAACCAUAAUCGGGAUAGAGACACAUGUCCAGCUCUCCACCCUCACCAAGGCCUUCUGUAGCUGCCCAUACAAUUAUGGGUCGCCGCCAAACACCAGUGUCUGCCCUGUAUGUAUGGGCCUGCCAGGGGCUCUUCCUGUUCUGAACUCGAAGGUCAUUGAAGCUGCGGUCAGGCUCGGCCUUGCCCUUAACUGCGAGCUGUCUUUCAACUCAAAGUUUGAUAGGAAACAGUACUUCUACCCUGACCUCCCAAAGGGUUACCAGAUAUCACAGUUCGACAUACCUAUUGCUCGUGCCGGUUAUAUUGAUUUGGAUCUUCCUGUGGAGUUUGGUGGAGGCCAAAGGAGGUUUGGCAUUACGAGGGUUCACAUGGAAGAGGAUGCGGGAAAGCUGCUUCAUUCGGGGAAUGGGAAUUACUCACAGGUUGAUUUGAACAGGGCAGGGGUCCCCUUGCUUGAAGUUGUCUCUGAACCUGAUAUGCGAAAUGGUAUUGAAGCUGCUGAAUAUGCGGCAGAGUUGCAGAGGCUGGUGCGAUAUUUGGGUGUGAGCAAUGGUAACAUGCAGGAAGGCUCACUUCGUUGUGAUGUUAACAUUUCUGUUCGUCCUCUUGGACAGUCACAAUUUGGGACGAAAGUCGAAAUAAAGAAUCUGAAUUCCUUUUCUUCGGUGAAUAGGGCCAUUGACUAUGAGAUUUCGAGACAGGUUCUUCUCCUGAGUCAAGGACAGGGUGAUCAGAUAGUCCAGGAAACUCGUCUUUGGGAAGAAGGCUCUCAGAAAACAGUUACAAUGAGGAAGAAAGAGGGCCUUUCCGAUUAUCGAUACUUCCCAGAGCCGGACUUGCCUGAAGUUGUUCUAACAGAAGGAUAUGUGAACAAAAUUCGUGGUUCUUUGCCUGAACUUCCCGAAAUGAAGCGCCGAAGAUAUGAGGGGAUGGGCCUGAGCAUGCAAGAUGUCCUCUUCCUAGCAAAUGAUGUAAAAGUGGCAGACUUUUUCGAUGCAGCAAUUGCGAAGGGUGCUGAGGUGAAGUUAGCAGCCAACUGGAUUAUGGGUGAUAUUGCAGCGCAUAUGAAAAAUGAGAAAUUGUCCAUUGAUGAGAUCAAACUGACCCCUCAUGAGCUGGCAGAGCUUAUAGCUGCCAUCAAAGGAGGAACCAUUAGUGGGAAGAUUGGGAAAGAGAUACUCUUUGAGCUAAUGGCAAAAGGUGGUACUGUCAAGAAAUUGAUUGAAGAGAAGGAUUUGGUUCAGAUAACAGAUCCUACUGAAAUUGAGAAGAUUAUAGACAAGGUUCUUUUGGACAACCCAAAGCAGCUGGAACAGUACCGAGGAGGCAAGACUAAGCUACAAGGUUAUUUUGCUGGACAGGUAAUGAAAGCGACCAAGGGCAAGGCCAACCCAGGGCUUCUGAACAAGAUUCUUCUUGAGAAAUUAAACGCCAAGAGCUCAUAAUUUGGAUGAUUAUUUUGUAAAUGAAAGCUGAGUGCUAUGCCUGAUAAUGGUUUGCAAAGAGUCGAACGAUAUAAGGAAUAGCAUUUACUGAAAAUGGGAAAGCAUGCCGUGAUGUGUGAUGCCUCGUUUACCUUCUUCUUGCUCGACAGUUUUGUAGGUUUUAAAAUUUCAAGCAACUCCAAUGGCUAAAACCGAUUGAUGUGUUCAUCCCUAGCCGUUAUUCAAAUAUGUCUGAGAAGUUACCGUAUCGAUCAGUGAAACAUGUUACUAAUUUUUCCUUCUAAUGGAGGGAUGUUAUUUACUUUGCAUAAAGCUGUUUAGUAUCACAAAUCCCAAUCUGAAUUGGUCUCUCCCCGUCCUCUUCCAGGGUUUUAGGGCAGAAUAGAUGGGAGGAGAUUUGUAUUUGUUCUUGUACGUAUCAAUCAAAAGAAAUAAUGAUUCCAAUAAUCUUGUAUGUACUAGUUUGACAA